AUGGCAUCAACCACAUACCGGGGUGUGGGAUGGAUAGGUCUGGGGAGCAUGGGAUGUGCGAUGGCCACAAAUGUUCAGAAGCUCUUGCUGCGAGAAGGGAGACCGGUUUUGAAGUUUUGGAAUAGAACGGCAUCUCGUGGUGCACCACUCGUAUCACUUGGGGCCAGUGGAUGCGACUCGAUCGAGAGACUUGUCACUGAAUGUGAUAUUAUAUUCAUAUCUACGAGCGAUGACACUGCCUUGAUUUCCAUUGUUGAUCAAAUUUUGGAUGUGCAAAAGCUAGAUGGAAAGGUGUUUGUAGACACCACCACUGUUCACCCCAAUACCACAAAAGAAACGAGCGAUAGAUUGAAAAGUCGAAGCGCUGCUUUCAUUGCUGCACCAGUGUUUGGAGCCACACCGGCUGCAGAGAGUGGCUCGGUAUUGAUGGCGAUGGCUGGGCCAGGUAAAGCCGUGGAGAUAGUUGCGCCGUUUGGGAAAGGUGUCAUCGCCCGUGAUGUGAUGGUUGUGUCGGACCAGCCAGAACAGGCCAGUCUUCUCAAGACUCUAGGUAACUUUAUCGUCGCCGGCACAAUGGAAAUUAUAGGAGAGGCCCAAGUCUUAGCAGAAAAGAGCAAACUCGGCACCGGUACUCUUGAAAAAUUGCUCGAGUUAAAUUUCCCAGGCUUGGCACAUUCUGACUCUACACGCAUGACGCAGGGCGUGUACCUGCCAGAAGAAGGCACGUCCCCUUGGUCCAAUUUGAACCUAGGAAUCAAAGAUGUUCAACACGGCAUCAGUUGUGCAAAAGAUGCCGGAACGAGGCUGAGGGUUGCUGAGGUGGCCUUGGAGAACAUGAUGCGAGCGAAGGACUUUUCCGACGCUCAUGGUGGACGUCCGCUGGAUUCAUCCUCUGGAUAUGGUAUAAUACGCCAAGAUGCUGGACUUGACUUUGAGAGUGAUUUUGUGAAGGAAAGAGAUGCCAAAAAGCAGCAUGGCGACUCGAAAUAA